CAACACAAAAGCAAACAGUCAAUACAGUUAAUGCCCAAUCAGCUGGGUGAACGCUAGCUAAACAUGCUAAGCUAACCCAGGAGAGCGUGUAAUAUUUAUGGGUAUGGUGCUUUUGAUACACGGGGUGCACUGAAAGGGCGGUGUUAAAAACGACAACGAAGAGAUAUCAAGCGAGCCGUCUCUGAUGCUGGGGCUGCUGGUUGAAAUGGAUAUUCUGAGAGACGACGAAGAGGAUGAGCUGAAAUACAAACGCGCGGGGCGCUUGGACAUGAGCCACGGCUUCCUGCACCAUAUCCGGAGGAACCAGAUUGCUAGGGAUGACUAUGAUAAGAAGGUGAAGGAAGCCAAAGAGCUGCAGCUGCGGAGGCACACCACAACCCCCAGACGACCCCGUCGACCUGACAUCCAAGUGUACCAUCCACGGCGAAGACAUGGAUCAGAACCAGGGGCUGGUGCUGAGGCUGAGGAGUGGAACGAGAGUGGGUCGAGCACAGAGACUGAAACGCACGGGACUGAACUCUUCUGGCUCGACUAUCAGGCAGACUCCGGUGCCAUUACGUCCUUCCUUGUGCACAAGGAUGAUAAGCCUGAGAUGGUAGUGGAAAGUGUUGCGGAAAAGAACAGCUUGGAUUCAGCCAUGAGGGCAGCUCUGGUGGCUCGGAUUCGAAAGGAAAUGGACAAAAGACGGGACAAACGCUGAGUGAUAUCAAAAGCAAGAAUGUGAUGUCAAAGGCACUACAGGCAAAGCCCUGUGGAAUAAUAUUUCGUUCACAGUUCUGUGCUCUUCC